AUGCUUCUAUCUCCUUCAUUGGGGUAUGAUGCACACGACCGUACGCUAGUAGACGGAGCGACUGGUUCGAACGUGGUUCAGGCUGUGAUCGCCAAGGUGGACGCGUCCCCCAUCGCCUUCGGAGACGACCAUCGUCUCCUGAGGAGACUGGCGUUUGUAGAGACGUCAGACGGCGCAAACAGCAGCUACUCUAGUGGUGGGCUCUGGGGUAUUCAACAGAGCCACUUGGACACGGUCAGCUCGUCACCACAACUCGAGGAAUUGAGGAUCGCCAUCCGUGCAGCGUUCGGUAUCGACUGGGGAACCGUGACGAUAAACGAUCUCGGCAAGCCGUUCUUCGCGGGACUGGUUGCGAGACUGUACCUUUUCUACCUCGAAAUCUCGGGGACUGCCGUUAUUCCUCUGGCCGGAGACAUCGUGGGGCAAGCACGGUUCUGGCUCACCUACUACCACUCUGAUGUAGGAGGAGUUUCUGAUACGGAGAUAUACUUCGUGGAGCAAGUUGAUAUACUGGAGGAGAGAGAAGCUGACAUUCUGUCUCAGAUACUAAACAUAAACUACCACCCCUGGCAACGCAGGCCGACAGUGGUCCCAAGCACUGCUCCUCCUGUGGUGGAACUAACAGACAAAGUCGUCUACCUGUCAGUGGUCGGAGUUGCAAAGGAGAAUAACUUUGUUCUCAAUGGAAGUGUGGGUGAUAUCUACCCUAAGCCUCCCGCUGUCACUAUAUCCACACCUACAUCAGAUGAACAUGUGGUUAUGAUUGCUGUGUUGGCCGGUGGAGGAGGUGUCCUGCUACUCGUCUUCCUGCUCCUUACUCUGGCGUGCUCCCUGUGCUGCUGCUGUUGUGUGUGUCGUCGCAGCAAGUCUACUUCGGUGGACCAGUAUGACCUCCUCUCUCGAGACUCCACCUCUGAAUGGGCAGGAGUGGAAUAAUAGCCUGUCUAACAGCAUCUGCUGUUUAACGUUGCCAUUGUGGCACAGUACCAUUACAUACGUCCCAUGUGGUCCCUUAUAAAGACCUUAACGAUUUUGAUGUGUUUCGUCUAGCGCGGUUCAUUACAUUGCAGGUGA